ACGGCGCGAGCGUUCACGGCCUGGAUGGGCUCAUGGUCCCCUACCCCCGGCUCCCCCAGCAGCAGCUGCUGCCCCUGGAUCAGAACGGCUACAGCACGGACUUGUACAGACAAGGACUGACGCCGCCCCAGCUGCCCGGAGACCACCUGCAUCCCUACGACUCCGAAGGAGUUUUCCACGACAUGGACAGUGACAGCAUCAGCCACCUGGGAGACUGCCUGCUGUCAACGGCCGAAGCCAACCUCCUCCAAGCCCGCGUGGGCAACCCCAUUGACCGACUCUACUCCAUGCAGAGCUCCUACUUCACCUCCUGA